UUUGGGCGGCGACUUCGAUUCGUGGAAUCGCGAGCGCGUGCGUGUGCGCGCGCGUGCCGUGACGUCAGAAUCGAUCCUUCCGCCAUCUCGAGGAAGGAAGGCAUCAUGGCGUACAGCAGCAGCGGGCCCAUCGAUUGCCGCGUGUACGUCGGGAACCUGGGCGACUCGGCCACCAAGGGCGAACUGGAGCGGCUGUUCCGCGUGUACGGACCGCUGCGGAACGUGUGGGUGGCGAGGAACCCGCCAGGUUUCGCCUUCGUCGAGUUCGAGGACGCGCGCGAUGCCCGCGACGCUUGCAGCGAGAUGGACGGGCGGCACAUCUGCGGCAUACGGGCUCGCGUGGAGAUGUCUACCGGGGAGAAGCGCUCCAAGGCCCGCUGGGGGCCGCUGCCAUCCCGAGGACGGUUCGAGGACCGCGGGAGCCGCCGCUCUCGCUCCCGCUCCCGCUCGCGCUCCCCACACCGGCGGCGACGCAGCGGGACGCGCUCUCCGCGGCGCUCCAUCCCCCCCGAGGCCCGGCGACCCCGCGACGGCUCGGCCAGCCGCUCCCCGUCCCCGUCGCGCCACCGCCGCGGCUCCUACUCGCCCUCGCCGCUAGCAGCCGCCGCCUCGUCCUCGCGCCGCGCCCUGCGCUCGCCCUCCCCCGCGCGGGGGUCGCGCAGCGGCGCCAGCCGGAGGUCGCCGGCGCCGAGACGCCGCUCGAGCUCCCCGCGAGGGUUCGGCGGGGGCCGGAGGUCGACCCGCUCGCCCGCGAGCCGCUCGCCGCGCGCCAAUGGCACGCGUGCGACAUCGCGCUCGCGCUCACCGUGAUGACGGCGGGCACCGCGCCCCCCCCCCCCUAGCUCCGCCCACCCACCCGCCCGCCCGCCGCCCCCCCCCCCCCUCCUGGCCCAACCCCCUUAUCAGCUCCUCCACACUUGCUCCGACCAUUCCUUUUCUCACUCCACUCCUUACACUUACUCCACCUCCCUUCCCUCGCUCCGCCCCCUUACUUUGCCCACUUCCCUCGGUUCCACCGCUCUCGUCCCCCCCCCCCCCCCCUUCCGCACCUUGGCCCCCGCCCCUUCCUGAAUUUAAGGGAAGACGCAGUUAAAACAUUUAAUAAGGUUUUGUAUUGCGAUGGCGCUGCUGUCGGUGUUUGUUGUCGUGAGUCGCAGGUUCGUGUUGAGGGGGUCUCGUUACGGGCGGCGUGAUGUCACUCUCCGUGUGCGAGGACAGACCCCCCCCCCUCCCCCCCCCGGAGGAGGGCGUCUCCCAUUUGGUCGAUUCUGAGUAAGGGUCUCAGAGCGGUGGCGCAGUGGUUAGUGCACUGCGCAGUGAACCCGGAAACUUGAGUCCGAAUCUCAGCCAUGGCUAGCUUCAGUGGCGAGUGAUAUCUGAACCGGUCCUGGGACCACCCCUCCCCCACCCUUUGACCAACCCGCACUGACCAGCGUGGUGAAGUACGGUCACGUUGCCCUCCAUUGCCGACACGGCAUGGGGAGGCCUUCAUUAUGAAUUAGAUUAACAAAGGGCUGUAAGUAAGAGUGAUUGUUACCAAUGUGGUUGAACAAACGCUUAUCAAAAACCUUUACCACGUUAGUCAUCGACGCUGCCUGUUAACGGAUACGUUAAAAUAUGAUCGACGAGGCAAAUCGCUUAGUUCUAUUGAGGCGGAAUUGGUGACGCUUUUUGAUUUGUGCUUGUGUUCCUUUAGUAGGCCUCAUCCACACGAGGUGGCACCGUCUGAAAUUCCCCACAGAGAGAGUUUGUCGCACGCCAAUCAAGCUGAGCAAUGUAAUCUUCAGAACUGAAAUAAGCUAAACCAAGUGACAAACCAAAUAAAAUACGGCCGUUUGUUUUGCGACGUAAUCGUGGAACUCGUUUAGACUUCAACUCCAAUAUUUGUAAAGCCGAUUUCAUCUUGGGUGGGUCACACCUGGACUCCCAACAUCGGCUCUCAUCGGUGCUGGCUCAGCGUUCUUAGAUGGCACUAAAUCGCUAAGCCACCACUAAUUUUAUGCCAUUUCAAAACGCUUAGAUUUAUUGCAGUGUGACGGGUGAAAUCUUUAUAAACAAAUAAAAACGACAUGCUUUCCAAUUCUCAUAUCUUUGCUAUAUCACCAUGUACUGUAAUUACGGGUUUCAAACCCCCCCCCCACCCCGUGUUAGGGCCCAUGUUCUCUAACCUUCCACAGCUCCCAUCGCAAUGUACCACAUGCUCUGGCCCAUCUGGGGGGUCACUGGGACCGCUCCGCUUGGGAUCGGAGGGGCAUGGACUCGGUGACUCUUUAAACUAUCGCUGUGACGUAGGAUUCGUGUCGAGGCAGGCCCCGAGUUGGUGUUGAAAACGUUGGGUUUAGUCAUGUUGGCCAAGUGGGGUUCGCGUUGAGGCUGUGUGAACGCUGUGGGGUUAUAUCCCUUUGACAUCACUAGGUGGCACGAAUACCUCUUAUGCUUUUACAAAGCAAGCUGUGCCGUGCCGCAGACGCCGCGCGCGUUGAGUGACGAGUCGAGACGCGUGCCGAUGGUGUUGCACGGUUGUAGCCGUGUGCUUGACCCGACGUCGCGCAACUGACGCGUCAUGUGGCCCUGCUUGGCCCGAGCCAGAUUCAAAUUCCUUGGCCAGCAAAAAUCGCAGUUUUGGUUCAGACACGAUACAGGGUAGAAACCAUUGAGUGCUCCAAGCUGCUACGGCCUGGUUGUGCGCCAUUGGAAAAGGUGGCGGGGAGGGGGUGGGGGUACAAAGGCAACCACGUAAACGUUGCAUGUUAACAUUGAGUCCAAGCAGCCCGGGGACAGAUGGCCUAGCCUGGAUGUAGCUUCACAAAACCAACAGCCGUUUGCAUUUUUGGGUUGCGUCUUCCUUUAAACGAACUAGUUUUGGUGUUUAAAAUGGGGUUGGUGGGUGUUGGAAUUGUUGUCGACUGCAAAAGCCAGCGAGCGAGUCGGUUGCACAAGUGAGCGAGUCCAGUCGGCUGCGGGAAUCUUAAUUUUUACCCUUUGCUCUCCGUGCUCAUUCUUGUAAUCGAGCUGUCUGCGUGGGAGUCCGAAGGCGCGUGUGUAGCGAUUUUUUUUUUAUUAUUCGGUCAAAUUCUUGUCGCCGUCUGAAUAAUGCCGCCGGAGAGGCGACCGUGUCUCGCGUGCGUGUGCGGCAGGUCGCUCGUGUCGGUGCCAGCGUAUCCCAUCGGGCAACGGUUGAGCCUCAAUUGGACCACGUAGCGUCAGUUAAACCGACGGAGCUUCGUAGUGUAGACCACAAGUCUUGAUUAGCCAAUUUUGAGUAAAGCAGAAAAGUGUGCAACAUGGCGAAGCGUAUAUUAGAUUACAUUGAUUCCCCCCGUUGAAGGAACAGCCUCAGACAAGUCUCAAACAGUUUCUGUUCAUGGAUGAUAAGAUGCAGAGCUUCAAGAUAUUUUAGGGUAGAUGCCAGAAUGAGGAUAGUCUUAUCAAGAGACAUUUCACCGUCGCCAAUUUUUGCUUCAGAACGUUUUUAGUUGCGUGCACGGUAUAAUGAGUGAGAGGAUGACUGGGUCAUUGGGGUUGGUGUAUCACACAGAUGGAGGCCACGAGGUUUGUAAAGUGCCCAUUGGAGGCAGUACAUCAAGUAGGUUAAUAAUGGGCCGUCAUGCCAGUUUCAGUCGACGUUUUAGAGAAACGAAUGCAGGAAAUAAUAAAACUCUUCCCACGCCCAGGAGCCUCAUGGAAACAAGGUGAUUCUGAGUGAGGCUUCUCCGAGUAAGUUGAGUGAUUAUUGUUAGGAUUAUUUUGUAUUGCAUUUUGAAAUCUCAUGAAGGGAUCAAAAUAAAAUGUGCAAGUAAUCUUGGUGAGGACUGGGGUCAUUACAAGCACGCAUGUUGAAUGUGGUGAGAUCACGGAUUUGUCGAGGUGUUGUGCCCCCUUAGCCUUCAUAUUCAGUGGGGUGAUAGAAAAUCCAUUGCCUGACUUUGGAGAAGCGGUGCUACAACAGCGGGUUAAUGUUGAGUCAAAAUCACAUUUAAGAACGCUUACCAAAUUUUUUGCAGGUAUUUGAAAUAAUGUUUGGGUUGCGCUUUAUCUAAGAAAUGUAUGCAUCUUGAACAAAUAGAAAUGUGAGAAACGUGUAGAAAAUUUCGAGAAAAUUCUCAGGAAUUUGGAGAAACCCCCCCCCACACACUAAGCAAUCCCUGGCUUCCAGUGCCUUCCACGUGCGCGCAGCUAGAGAAUCGGCGGGCCCGGGGGAAAGAGAUUCGAGCGUGACGAUGAAGUGGCGUGAGCGACGAGGGGCUUUGAGGAGCGGAACGAGUUGUCCUUGGUGGAAAUUACAUCCUUGGAACACGGUUUGAUGAUGGCGGUGGACCCAGGUGCCCUGUAAGUGAAAGGGAACCGUGGUAGAGAAAUAACAACGGUCUUUGUCAAGGCCCCACUCGUUGAUCUCUUGUCAGCAAACAUACUUUUUGUGUGUCUCCCCACUUGCCCCCCCCACACACACACCUGUAUAGUUCACAUUGAGUUGUAAUUUUUUUUCCGGAAGUGAAAAUUGAGGAUGCAUUGCCCAAACAGUUUGGGGGGGGGGGGGGGGGCGGAGAGCUACACGUGCAGUCCCACAAUAUUAACAACCCCACAGUGAAUAUCUCAAAACCUUCCUCAUACCGUAAUAACAUUUAUGGGGGAGUCCUUCUGAAGGUAAUUUUCCGUAGUUUUUGAAAAUGCGGCUUAUUAAUGAAUGAAAGUAAUACUUUGACAACUGAAUGCACCAUUGCCAUCCAUCUCAGCGGGUAUUAUAAGUCUUGAGUGUCCUUAACGAGGGAAAUUUUGAGCAUUGCUCCGUUAUUAAGAAAGGUGAACGGUGAACAAAUCGUGGAUGUUGGGAAAAAUCUGAAUUGGUACUAACAGGUUUGACGAUUGAUCAAUAACAAAAAAAACCCCGCUGUUUUAUGAUUGUACAAAUGGUUAUCCACAUCUGUAAAGUGUCGGAUACGUACGUCCAAAAAUUGUGGAGCUCCCCACUUGUGACAUUGCCGUGAAAUCCGCGUUACGGACAGACUGGAGAGAUCGGGACUCCGUUAGCUACGGACUGGCUGUGGUGCUCCUCCCUUUGUCUGUCCUGGUCUUUUCUAAUCACAGCAAGUUUUUGGCAGAGUGGUUCGUCCAUACUGUACGUCCGAACCCAGAGAUGAUUAUGGACCAAGUGGAACACCGAUCGCCCCCAAACAGGAUUUGAAAGCACGUGUGUCGGCACGCUCCCCGAAUCGCACCACUCUGAAAAUGUACGUGUGGGACCGGUCUCGGGCGAGGGAGCGGGGAGAGGUCACGAUGCUAGGUGAUUUGAUCCAAACCAUGAGGAUGCUUCGUGACGGGUUGUGUAGUGCGCGACACGGCGAAAGGCUUGGAAAAUGUCGCGACGUCUUACUCUCGGUGUCGACGGGAGCGGGAAUCUACAUCUGAAGGUAUCCAUCGUUUUGAUAGGGUGCUUGCUAAUGUGCUUUAGAUAUCUUUGUAAACAAUAAAAAGGCGCUACCAGCUUUGGUUUGUCGAGAAGGGGCAGCGUUUUUUGUUAUAAAAGAUUAAACUUAAGCUUGAACACAAAAUUGACUAAAAUAACAUUCACGAAUGGCGACAGCAGCGUCAAUGAAAUGUAGUGGGGUAAGAUUUUUUUUGUGUGUUGUGGAGGGCCAAUUGUAGUACCGAUGUCCCAAUGGUUUUAAAUUGUUUUUUUUUUUUAAAUACCCACAAUUUUUACAGUUCAGACUUAUUUUAGCACCGGUUUGCAGUUGCCCAAAGUUACAGCUGUGUAUAUUCGCUUGGGGAAUUCGUAUUUUGUUUUCGUUAAGACUGCUUGCCCGCAGCAAGUCACCCUUGGCAUUGUACAAACCGUUUCCAAUUUGGUUUUUUGUGACUUUGCGAGCUUGCAGCAGCCUGGAUGCAUAAUUCUUUUUUGAAAGUGCUGUUUGACAAAUAUGAGCUCCCGCCUUUUUCCAAAAUUUAACCCCCCCCCCCUUUUCAGUAUCAGUUCCAAUCGCCAGAUUUGCGUCAGUGUAAAUAUGGUCCUGUGCUAGGCGAAAAGGCGCCUAAGGUAAAAUAUAAUUGGUGUUUUCUUUUGCGUUGUUGAGAUAAAGCAUAAAGCUUGCUGAUGAAAAGUUUAAUGUUCUUACCUGCUUCACAUAGGGGUUACACGAAGCCCCACCCCCCCCCCCCCCCCCCCCCAUAAACUUUAUUCAGACUAAUAAUUUAGUCCGAAACGUUUAAAAAAUGCCCAUGGAUUGAAACACCUGGUAGUUGCGUCUGUUUUUGUUUAAAAAAAAAAUUUGUUUCAUUUUCUUCGGAAGAUCUCAAGGUUACCCGUGUAAAACAUGCCUGGUGUUAAACCACAAAUUUGGUGAUAGUCUUGAGUCGUAACAUCUUUAAGAAUGUACUCAUGUCGUAGGAUUCCGUUUAAGUAGAAUUUGUGUCAGGUUACGUUUUACAAUUAAAGUAUAAACUUCACAAA